UGACUAUUCAGUAUACUUUUACAGCAAAUUUUGGGGGAAAAAAGAUAGGUACUAUUCUUUUCGUUUUAGAAAAUAUCGCAAAGAAACCACUAUCUAUCCUUUUCGUUUUCUGGAUCAACCCAUUUGGUUUUUUACCCUCUCAGUCCUCUUUCAUUUCAUCAAUCUAUUAUUUCAUCAAUUUCUCAAUUCUCAUCAGAUAAACCGUAAACCUUUCUUAAUUCCUUGUUUUUUAAUAAAUCAUUGAUUUCUUUUUAGGGAUUUAAAUAUUACUUUUAUCAAUUUUGUCAACUGUUUAAUCUGCUUUUUUCGAGGGUAUAAUGAUGAUUAAUUGGUAGGCAGAAGUUAUAAAAAUGGUACAAUAAUACUAAGCUUCAACUUUCUCUCUCUUGAUUUCUUGGGUCUUCCUUCCUCUUUCAGCUGUUUGUGGACUUGAUCAACAUUUCCGGUAGUCAAGUUACUAAAAAAUGGGUGUCUACCUUAGCACGCCUAAGACUGAGAAAUUCUCAGAGGAUGGUGAAAACAUCAAGGUCAGAUAUGGAUUAUCUUCAAUGCAAGGUUGGCGCGCGACCAUGGAGGAUGCUCAUGCAGCCUUCCCUGAUCUGGAUGGUUCAACUUCAUUCUUUGGUGUUUAUGAUGGUCACGGAGGUAAGGUAGUUGCCAAGUUCUGUGCAAAAUUCCUCCAUCAACAGGUGCUUAAAAGUGAAGCAUAUUCUGCUGGAGACUUAUCAACAGCCCUACAAAAAUCUUUUUUUAGAAUGGAUGAAAUGAUGCGUGGACAGAGAGGGUGGAGAGAAUUAGCUAUUUUGGGUGAUAAAAUAAACAAAUUUACUGGAAUGAUCGAGGGACUAAUAUGGUCGCCAAGAAGUGGUUAUGGCAACGGGCAUGAGGAUGACUGGGCCUUUGAGGAAGGGCCUCAUUCAGAUUUUUCUGGUCCUACUUCUGGGUGCACUGCUUGUGUUGCUGUUAUUAAGGGAAACCAACUUCUCGUGGCUAAUGCUGGUGAUUCCCGCUGUGUUAUCUCCAGAAAGGGUCAGGCUUAUAAUCUGUCUAGAGAUCACAAACCUGAACUAGAUGCCGAGAAGGAAAGAAUAAUAAGAGCUGGAGGGUUUAUCCAUGCAGGACGAGUGAAUGGAAGUCUGAACCUUGCUAGAGCUAUAGGUGAUAUGGAGUUCAAGCAAAAUAAAUUUCUUCCCGCUGAAAAGCAAAUUGUAACAGCAAAUCCUGACAUCAACACGGUUGAACUUUGUGAUGAUGAUGAUUUUCUGGUGCUAGCUUGUGAUGGUAUAUGGGACUGCAUGUCAAGCCAGCAGCUUGUUGAUUUUAUUCAUGAACAAUUGAGCAGGGAAACUAAACUCUCUGCGGUGUGUGAGAGAGUAAUGGACAGGUGUUUGGCCCCUUCAACUGCUGGUGGUGAAGGCUGCGACAACAUGACAAUGAUUCUGGUUCAAUUCAAGAAACCCAUGCAACCAAAUGUCCGUGCAUCUACAGACGUAGAGCCAUCACCGUCUGAAGCUAAUGAUUCCAAACCAGAACCAGAACCAGAACAGACUGAAUCAAGCUAGUUUGAUAUAAACAUGCAGAAACUGCUCACUGUUAAAAUUUUCAGGUUGUUUGUAAAUGAAUAUGACUCAAUACGAACACGAUGACUCAACUGGUGGUAAUAGGAUAUGUACAGAUUUUUUGUGUUAAAUUGUGUUCUUUCCAGAAUUAGGAAAACAUGCAGACUUUUUAUAGACGCUAAUAAAGCAAUCGCCUACAGUGUCUUAAUUGUUGGAUUCUACUACUA